AUGAAAAGAGUGUCUUCAUCAGUGUUUGGUUUGGGAGUUUUGUUACUUCUCACAGUUGCAGCCAUGAAACCAGUGAAUGGAUUCAACUGUUCAGUAGCAAAACUUUCAUUGAUUGAAUGCUUUCCUUUUCUCGAAAGGAAUCAAGAUAUCCCUUCAACUUCUUGCUGUAAUGUAGUGAGUAAUGUAAGAGCUUCAGCACCUACAAAACCUGAACUUCGUGAAGCAUGUCAAUGUUUCACAGAAGGCAUAGUUGAUUUUCCUAAACUUGACAAAGAUAGAGCUAUUCAACUUCCUAAACUUUGUAACGUUGAUAUCGGUUUUCCCCUCACCAAAGACAUCGACUGUAAUAAGUAA